CCUUCCACUAAUAUUUAUUAUAAAUCUGCUACAUCAAUAAUGGUACUACCCACGUUCAUCAUCAUGAUUCUGUGUGUCCUUCCAACACUUUCUGUGGCUGAAGACAGUGAAGCAAAAUUAGCACUCUUAAAAUGGAAAGCUAGCUUUGACAACCAAAGUCAAAGUAUCUUGUCAACUUGGAAAAAUACCACAAAUCCAUGCAGCAAAUGGAGAGGAAUUGAGUGUGACAAAUCCAAUCUCAUUUCUACCAUAGAUCUUGCAAAUUUAGGACUAAAAGGUACACUUCACUCUCUCACCUUCUCUUCAUUCCCCAACCUCAUAACCCUAAAUAUCUAUAACAACCACUUUUAUGGAACCAUUCCUCCACAAAUAGGUAACUUGUCAAGAAUAAAUACAUUGAAUUUUUCAAAAAAUCCUAUUAUUGGUUCCAUCCCUCAAGAAAUGUACACAUUGAGGAGUUUAAAAGGCCUUGAUUUUUUCUUUUGUACACUAAGUGGAGAAAUUGAUAAAUCCAUAGGAAAUUUAACCAACCUAUCAUAUCUAGAUUUAGGAGGUAACAAUUUUUCUGGUGGUCCCAUUCCUCCUGAGAUUGGAAAAUUGAAGAAAUUAAGGUAUCUAGCAAUUACACAAGGUAGCCUAGUUGGUUCCAUUCCACAAGAAAUUGGUUUGUUGACAAACCUUACUUAUAUUGAUUUGUCAAACAACUUUCUAUCUGGUGUUAUCCCUGAAACCAUAGGGAACAUGAGCAAAUUAAAUCAACUCAUGUUUGCUAAUAACACCAAGUUGUAUGGACCAAUUCCUCACUCCUUGUGGAACAUGUCUAGCUUGACCUUGAUCUACCUUUAUAACAUGAGUCUUUCUGGUUCAAUCCCUGAUUCAGUACAAAACUUGAUUAAUUUGGAUGUACUUGCACUUUAUAUGAAUAACCUUUCUGGAUUCAUUCCUUCCACAAUUGGAAACUUGAAAAACCUCACUUUAUUGCUUUUGCGAAAUAAUCGACUUUCUGGAUCAAUUCCUGCCUCUAUAGGAAAUUUGAUCAAUUUGAAAUACUUUAGUGUCCAAGUAAACAAUCUCACAGGAACUAUUCCAGCUACAAUCGGAAAUUUGAAGCAGCUCAUUGUCUUUGAAGUAGCUUCCAACAAACUUUAUGGUAGAAUUCCAAAUGGACUUUAUAACAUUACCAAUUGGUAUUCCUUUGUUGUGUCCGAAAAUGAUUUUGUUGGCCAUUUGCCGUCUCAAAUGUGCACCGGGGGCUCAUUAAAAUACUUAAGUGCAUUUCAUAAUCGUUUCACUGGUCCAGUACCAACAAGUUUAAAAAGCUGCUCUAGCAUUGAAAGAAUCAGAAUUGAGGGUAAUCAAAUCGAAGGAGAUAUAGCAGAAGAUUUUGGUGUGUAUCCGAAUUUGCGAUACGUUGACCUGAGUGAUAAUAAAUUUCAUGGCCACAUUUCACCAAACUGGGGGAAGUCUCUUGAUCUUGAAACCUUCAUGAUAUCUAACACUAAUAUUUCUGGUGGUAUACCAUUAGAUUUUAUUGGUUUAACCAAGCUAGGUAGGCUUCAUCUUUCUUCAAAUCAAUUGACAGGGAAACUUCCAAAGGAAAUACUAGGAGGCAUGAAAUCAUUAUUAUAUCUCAAGAUUAGUAACAAUCAUUUUACAGAUAGCAUCCCAACAGAAAUUGGAUUGCUGCAAAGGCUUGAAGAGUUGGAUCUUGGAGGAAAUGAGUUAAGUGGCACGAUACCAAAUGAAGUUGCAGAGCUACCGAAGUUACGAAUGUUGAAUUUGAGCAGAAACAGAAUUGAAGGAAGAAUUCCAUCUACGUUUGAUUCAGCUCUUGCUUCAAUUGAUCUUAGUGGCAAUCGUUUGAAUGGAAACAUACCAACAAGUCUCGGAUUCUUGGUGCAGUUGUCAAUGUUGAAUCUCUCACAUAAUAUGCUUUCAGGAACCAUUCCUUCAACUUUUAGUAUGAGUUUGGAUUUUGUUAACAUAUCAGACAACCAGUUAGAUGGUCCACUUCCAGAAAAUCCAGCUUUUCUUCGUGCUCCGUUUGAAUCAUUCAAAAAUAACAAAGGCUUAUGUGGAAAUAUCACAGGUUUGGUUCCGUGUGCAACAAGCCAGAUCCAUAGUAGAAAGAGCAAAAAUAUCCUUCAAUCGGUAUUUAUUGCUUUAGGAGCUCUAAUAUUAGUGUUGAGUGGAGUUGGAAUUUCGAUGUAUGUUUUUUUUCGGAGAAAAAAACCAAAUGAAGAAAUCCAAACUGAAGAAGAAGUACAAAAGGGAGUACUAUUUUCGAUUUGGAGCCAUGAUGGGAAAAUGAUGUUUGAAAAUAUCAUUGAAGCUACUGAGAAUUUUGAUGACAAAUAUCUCAUUGGAGUUGGAAGUCAAGGAAAUGUUUACAAGGCAGAGUUGCCUACAGGAUUGGUUGUUGCUGUGAAGAAGCUUCAUUUAGUAAGAGAUGAAGAAAUGUCAUUUUUCAGUUCGAAGUCUUUUACGAGUGAGAUUGAAACCUUGACAGGAAUCAAACACAGGAAUAUCAUAAAGCUUCAUGGAUUUUGCUCACAUUCUAAGUUCUCAUUUUUAGUUUACAAGUUCAUGGAAGGUGGAAGCUUAGAUCAAAUACUAAACAAUGAAAAACAAGCCAUUGCAUUUGAUUGGGAAAAGAGGGUGAAUGUUGUUAAAGGUGUCGCCAAUGCUUUGUCCUACUUGCAUCAUGAUUGCUCACCUCCUAUUAUUCAUCGUGAUAUAUCGAGCAAGAAUAUUCUUCUCAAUCUUGACUAUGAAGCUCAUGUCUCCGACUUUGGGACAGCUAAGUUUCUUAAGCCUGACUUACAUAGUUGGACACAAUUUGCAGGCACUUUUGGGUAUGCAGCUCCAGAGUUGUCCCAAACAAUGGAAGUGAAUGAGAAAUGUGAUGUAUACAGCUUCGGAGUGCUUGCUUUGGAAAUCAUAAUAGGAAAACAUCCAGGAGAUCUCAUUUCAUUAUUUUUGUCACCAUCUACAAGACCAACGGCUAAUGAUAUGUUAUUGACAGAGGUUUUAGAUCAAAGACCUCAAAAAGUUAUAAAACCAAUUGAUGAGGAGGUUAUCUUGAUUGCAAAGUUGGCAUUUUCUUGCUUAAAUCAAGUUCCACGUUCUCGUCCAACUAUGGAUCAAGUAUGUAAGAUGCUUGGAGCAGGAAAAUCACCUUUGGAAAAUCAAUUUCACACGAUCAAACUAGGGCAACUUCAUUAAGUCGUUGAAAUACUCUAUUGUAUAUAUAUAUAAUAAUAACCUAGUCUUUUUCUUGUUUCUUCUCUUGUAAGAUGCUUGGAACAGGAAAACCACCUUUGGUGGGAAAGCAACUUCACAUGAAAUAAUCUAUUGAACUAACUCAACGAAAUAAUCUACUGUACUAUAUAAUAAUAACAUCUUUUGUAUUUUUCUUGCACAACAUUCUCAAGCAAUUUCUUCUUUUCAUUGCA